UCGCAUAUAAUUACAGCAGGACUUUCCGCUGGCAAACUCUUGCUGCUCGUGGUGUCAUUGGUCGACCUGGAAGUGGGAAGUUCCUCCACGCAGACUAAUUGAUGUACAGCUGGGAGCCAGUUUUCUCCACAGCGUGAGCGGGCUUUAAGAAAGUGAGCCGAGGCUGGAUGCAGGGUGUAGACAGCCAGUGUCAGCCAGCGAGCUUGCUUUUAUGAUUUUCACGGAAGGUCCGGUAGACCAAAGAAAAUACUCUAAAAUGCUCUGCCAUGUAACGCGACCGGAUUCAGUGGUAAUGGAGGUGGAAGUUGACGCGAAGGCGAAUGGGGAAGAUUGUCUGAAUAAGGUGUGUAUGAAACUGGGCAUCAUAGAGGAAGACUACUUUGGCCUGCAGUUCACUGGUAGUAAAGGAGAGAACCUGUGGCUGAACCUGAGAAACAGAAUCUCCCAGCAGAUGGACAGUCUGACUCCCUGCCGACUCCGGCUAAGGGUCAAAUUCUUCGUGGAACCCCAUUUGAUACUGCAGGAACAGACCAGGCACCUUUUCUUCAUGCACGUUAAGGAGGACCUUCACCGUGGGCACCUGCGAAUGGGCUCCGAGCAGGCCCAGGAGCUCAGCGCUCUGCUGGCACAGGCCGAGUUUGGUGACUACAACCAGAACACGGCCAAGUACUGGUACACGGAGCUGUGUGGCAGAGAGCCAGACCAAGCCACAGUUAGCAGCAUCAUAGCCAAGCACAAGGCUCUGGAGGGCUUGAGCCAGCCUUCAGUGGAGUACCAGGCCCUGCAGCUGAUCUCCUCACUGGAACACUACGGGGUGGAGUGGCACAGGGUGCAGGAUGCCGAGGGCCAGAGGCUGGCCGUGGGGGUUGGCCCAGAGGGCAUCGCCGUGUGCAAGGACGACUUCAGCCUGGUCAACAGGAUAUCCUAUCCCAUAAUACAAAUAGCCACUCAGUCAGGGAAGAGUGUGUACUUGACGGUCACCAAGGAAAUGGGAGACAGCGUGGUCCUGCUGUUUAAACUGAUCAGCAACAGGGCAGCGAGUGGCCUGUACCGGGCCAUCACGGAGACGCAUGCCUUCUACAGGUGUGACACAGUGACGAACGCAGUCAUGAUGCAAUACAGCCGCGACUUCAAGGGCCACCUGGCCUCGCUCUUCCUCAACGAGAACAUCGACCUAGGGAAGAAGUACGUCUUUGACAUCCGCCGCACAUCCAAGGAAGUGUACGACCACGCUCGACGGGCGCUCUACAACGCCGGCAUCGUCGACCUCAUGUCCCGGUUGGGUGUGCGCACGCCCUCCUCUCGCUCACCCUCGCACGGCCAGCAGGAGGCGCCGGAGUGCGGCGGCUGCCAGCAAAGCUGUGUGCUGGAGGAGAGGCUCCGUAAGCUGCGGGAGGCGCUGCUGUGUGUGCUGUGCUGCGAGGCAGAGAUUGAUGCCGCUUUCUGUCCCUGCGGCCAUGCCGUCUGCUGUCAGAGCUGCGCCGCACAGCUGCAGUCAUGUCCUGUGUGUCGGUCCGAUGUGGAGCACGUCCAGCACAUCUACCUGCCCACCUGCACCAGUCUGCUGACCCUCACGGGACACAGGAGUCCUGAGCCCAUUCACCGCACUGUAGCCCUGCCCCCCUGCAGUAGCCACCAUUAUCCCAGCAGUGAGAAGGUCUGCCAGACCUAAAGCAGCGCCAUGCUCCUCCUUCAAGCUUUUUUUUUUUUUAUUUAUUACCGCUCGGUGCCUGACUUUCGUCACCGGCGACAGAAUUCUGUUCUUACUACACCAAUGAAGAGUCCUGCAAGCUUUUAUGUUCGUACAUUUCAUAUUUCAGUUAAUUUAUCAGUUGAUCUGAUGAACAGCUGUGUUUGUUGUUGUUUUUAUUAUUAAAUUGUCAUCCUCCUGAUUCAUAUUCUAGCACAAACCCAAAUGUAUCCAAUUCACAGCUUUCAGUUUUAGUUUUGCUUGUAGAUUUUAGGACAUAUUGAAUGUUUCUCUCCACCCCCCCCUUUUUUUUUUUUUUUUUUAUUUAAUGGCAUUUUUAGCUUUGGCUUUUACUCUGGUAUUCCCACUCUUGCCAAGUCUGCAGUGUUGAGUGUGGUUCUUGGCGUCUGUCAAGCUCUCUCUGGUGUCCGCGAUGUCGUGGAGGAGCUGUAGGUUAUGGGAUGGAGGCUGCAAGAGCCCAGCUUUCUUCCCCGUUCACAUUCAGCUCGGCUGAAGCUCAGCCCACACCCCAGUCACUGACCGAGCAAGAGCGGAGGGCUGCCAAUCAGAGACCAGCAGCAGAGAGAGAGACUACCCACCGUAACUUCCCAAUGGUUGACCAGCAGGAGUCUCUUACAUUUUUAUAUGCAAAGGAUGCUUGCUGGUCUGUCGGCUCUGCCUGUUUUUAAAAUGCUUUUGAGUUUGUGGGAGGAGAGAGUAUGAAAAAUGAGGGGGGAAAAAAUAGAAUUUCUACACUGUCACUUUACUGAGAAGUUUCCAAAGUGUAUUUCCCACAGGGCUUUGCCUUAAUGUAGCAGUAAUGUGGUGUUUCGGUAUACAUCUUUCUUUGCACAGACUCAUCUUUCAAGAAGAAGAGGAAUUAUUUUCUUUAUAGUGGACAAUAUGGCACAGUCACUGCAAGGGAUAUUUUUUCCACUUUGUAGAAGUAGAUUUUGUUUCUAUUGGUUUGAAGCAAAAACUAUGCCCUGUACAUGUAGUAUAUUGCUGAACUUUUAUAUUUCUUUGAACCAGAGGUAUUUAAUAAAAUUGUGAAUUUUAAACAUAA